UCACAUGACAGGUUCUCAGGAUUCAUAUGCGAAGUAAACAAAUUGGUUGGACACGCCAAAAAGUUCUUCAUAUCAUGGUUGCCACUUCCAACUUGGGGUACUGUAUCUAUUUUACAAGUACUGUUUUUGCAACUUGCAAUGGAUGGUAUUGCUGGUACGGUGUUUGCGGCUUUAUUCUUAUGGCCUCUCCCAAAGUCGUGUUUUUAGCAGCGUUUCUACUUCUGCUAUCGUUCUGGGUCGACCUUUGCCAUCAGGAAAAUGAAGAAGAAUUGGACGAUGAGGAGGAUAAUGUCGAGAAUAGGACACAACAGGCCUUGUUGGAAGGUAUCAUGAGGGAACAACAUGGUUCAGGUCGCAUGAAAAGCCACCGGAGAUGCUGUUCAAUCCAAGGCAUUCAUAUUGGUAGCCGACAAAAAUAUGUCAUAAUGAUUAUGGUUCUAACCUUUGUUGUGAUGAUGGCGUUUGCCAUACUGAUCUGCGUUGGAAAUGACAAAAAUCCAAUCGAUCCAUCAAUUGUUGCUCGGGUAUAUGAAACAUUUCUCGCAAUAAUGAUACUUAUAUUGGCUGGAGCAUUAGGCUGCUACGGUCUCCUUCUAUUCUUCAAAUUACGGAAAGUACGAUCAGAGAAUGCUUCAUCAGAAAUGUGGAAGGUUAUCAGUUUAGCUAUUAUUUCUAUUAUAUUUUUUCAUCGAGUGCAUUAGUAGCUCUCAACACAGAUAUACCUCUUUUCUAUCAUUGGCAUUUAAAGUUCAUAUAUGGAGUUAAAGCUUUUGUUUACUUGAUUCUUUAUUAUGUUAUCGGUUCUUCUUUGCCAUCAGCUUAUUUGUUAUGGAUAAUUAGAGAAUUGCCGCCUCCGAUCACAAAUAGUAUACAAGAAGAACCGAGAGGAACAUAUACUUUCAUCAGCCAUUCCGACGAGACAUCUGACUCGAAUCAUCCUAGGUCUUGGACUACAGCUACAAGUUCAAACAGUCAGGUUCACUUUAUUAUUUUGGAAGGGCUUCAAGGUCAUCAUCGAAUACAAAUGUCACUGAGCAGCUCUCACAACUAGAAGAAAAACUUAGAGCUGAAUUUGAAGAGAAGAUGGCUGAAGAGCGUCAAUUGAUGCAAAAGAAUUGGAUGGAGGUGUUCGAUGAUCCCACGUCAUUAACCGAGGAGGCGAUGUAUGAAUUGCGAAACAACUAGGCUACUUGUUUUCUUGACCUGUACAAUCCCGAGGUAGAUUAUGAUGUUUCCGAUGAUGAGGUUUAGGAGCUAGCUAGUUACAAUGGAUUCACAUUAAUUAGGAUGUUUUGAAUUGUAAUGACUUGUAGUUUGCUUGAAUGUUAUAACACUUUGGAUUGUUGGUAUUUUGCUUGAAUUGUAAGACUUGGUAUUUUAUUUGAAUUGUAAUGACUUGGUUGAAUGUAAUUGUAUUUUGGUUGAAUGUUGAA